AAACUACAAAAUUUGUCGUUAUGGAUAUUCAACCGAAUUCACGUGACCAGACAAAUGCAGAGAGGAAAAGUGCUGAAAAUGUUAAAAAUGGCAACGGAGAAAGAUCACCCAAUAAUAAUGAAUCCAAGAAACUAAACAGCCGCAGAGAAGGAAGGUCAUAUAUUAAAACAAGUGAGAGCCAGAAAAACACGACGUCUGAAGUAGUAGCAAUAGCUGUUUCAUGGUUCUUUGUAUUGAUCACCUUUCCCAUCUCCAUACUCUUCUGUUUCAUUACGAUCGCGGAAUUUCAUCGGGCGAUAUUCUUUCGCCUGGGGCGUGUUAGACGAGGCGCACGUGGGCCGGGUCUGGUCUGGUAUUUGCCGUGCAUCGACUCCUACUCUCUAGUGGAUCUGCGCACUAGAGUGGAGGUGAUUCCAACCCAGGAGAUGAUCACUAAAGACUCUGUGACGAUCAGCGUCGAUGCAGUCCUGUUCUAUUACAUCACAGGCUCAUUGCAUGCGACAAUCCAAAUUUCGAAUUUGCACGAAUCAACUCUUUUUAUAGCUCAGACAACGCUGCGUAACGCUGUGGGUUCCAAAACACUUCAUGACCUUCUGAUAUCCAGGGAAGCUCUGUCAGAAGAAAUUGGGCUAGCUGUAGACCGCACAACAGAGAAGUGGGGUGUGAGGAUCGAAAGAGUCGCAAUUAAGGACAUACACCUUCCAGAAAGUCUUCAGAGGUCGUUGGCUAGCGAAGCGGAGGCAAUGAGGGAAGCUCGUGCCAAAAUCAUAUCUGCGGAGGGAGAGCUCUUGGCCUCAAGGGCUUUGAAGGAGGCAUCUGAUGUGAUGGCUGAAAAUAAAAUAACCUUACAGUUGCGGCACUUGCAGAUCUUAACAUCGAUUUCGCAUGAACGUCACCUUAAAAUAUACUAUCCCAUGCCAAUCGAGAUGUUGUCAGCGUUUACAGAAACCGGCGGUGGUCAGCGUAAGAUACCUGGAAACCCAGAUGACGAUGACUUGCAAAGAGAUUCUUUAAAAUCACUUUUCACUGCCAUGUUUGAGCCAUUCGUUAAAAAUCCCGGCGAGCCCGUGACGUCGGACGGUGAAUCCUAUAUGGGCCUGGAUAAAGUAAAUGAAACCAUUUACAAAGACUUUAUGAGUAUGCACACUGGUCUUCCAGAUGCCACAGAAGAGAAACCAAAUCCGGGUCAGCAGAAACAAAAUCUGUCUGAAUCGCAAACUAAUUUAACCGAUUCCAAUUCAAAUUACCAAGAUCUGAAUUCGACAGAUGGUAAGGAUUCGUCUGCAACAGGAUUAGUGCUUUCCGAAUCCAAACCCGAACCAAGUAAUGAUAAAUUUGUAGCCAGUACAGCAACGGGCGAAAAUCAGUCUGAAGCGAAACCAGAGACACCCGCUUCUGUACCAGGUAAUAAAGAUGCUCCAAAUACAACCCCACAGCCGCCUGAAGCGCAAUCACAGCAUAUCAGUCCCAGUCGAAAUAAUGUUCCCGGUACAGAGGCAACUCAAACAUACCGGCGCGCCCAUAAGUGAAUAUCAGGAGCUGCUAAGUAAAAAAUUAAAAAUUUAAUUAAUUUACUAGCUGCAAGCAAGAAGUAGUCUAAUGAAGUGUCACGAGUUGUUUCCAUAUUUACUGUAGUGAAAGCAAAUUUUCAAUGUGCCUUAAACUCAAGUAACCUUUUUAUGUAGCUGCUCGAACCUUAUAACAUGGAUAUUUUUCUUCAAGUGUCUACAACAUGUACAAAUUAUUGCGUAUAUUGUGCUUUAUUUGUUUUAUUUCUGUUUUAUUAAAUUGU